UGAUUCUAGUGUUGCGUACCAGCGUGCCGGGAGCUACUGGGCCCCCCGAACUACAGAUAAGACCCGCAGCAAACAGUGACCGAAGGGUUCGCCGGUACCUUCGUUCGUGAAAUUGAUUGAAAAGGGAUUACGAUUACGGUGAACGUUUGACAUCACGCCGUGGGAACCGCCAUCGACCUGUACCAGAUGAAGUAGUGAUGCGUAGUGAUGGAUUCGCUUGGCUUUGCGUUGUAAACCGUAACACCAGUAUUCUGUAAGUGAGAGACAUCGGUCCAGCUAUCUAGUAGGCUUGAUGGCUUUGCGAGCUAUCUAAAUAUAAGUGGUUCCAGUGGCCAAUAAUCUAGUGCGUGGGUCGAGUGAAACGAUGGGAAUGCCAUUACCCAUUACUGCUAAUACAUGCAUCAGGAGCAUUCCAUAAAUUGCUAACGGCGUAGCGGACCGGCGCACUUCCGCGACCAAUUACCAUUCGUCCGGCAUCCCUUCCAUUAGCUAAGCACCAGGCUUCCUGCGGAACGGCUGGCCUGGCCAAAGGUAACAGCAAACGGUCGGCUGCCUACUGCGCAUCCAAGAAUCUGUGCGGACAAGUAAACAAUAGCAACCAGAGGGACGAGAGGACAACGCGGAGCGCAGGAGAGCGGCGCAAGGCAUGGUGAAGGCGCAGAUAAAAAACUACGAUGAUUACGAGCGAAUCCGAUACUUUUACUACGUCCGGCCACCGCAGCGGGUGGACUGGUGGUUCGAUCCGAUGGCACCCCCGACCACCACCUCCGAUUCCGUCACGACGCUGAGCGCCAGCGAGGAGGCGACGCUGCUGCUCUACGACAUCUUCAUUCCGCUGCUCGGUUCCGUCAUCAUUCUGCUUAACCUGAUCGUCGUCGUGUCCUGCGUUUUGCUGCUACGCAAAGGCCAGCAACCAUACACGACCUACAUGUUCCUCGGUAACGUGGCCGUCUCGGACCUACUGACGGGCUUUGCGGUAAUCUACGGUCAGUACGCACCGCGCGAGCUACGCGGCGAGGACAACUGCGCGCUGAUGAUAGGUCUAAUUGUGUCCGCGUCGCUAGUGUCGGUGUACAGUGUCGGUUUGAUAGCGCUCGAUCGCUAUCUCUACAUCGUGUACGGUCUUCAGUAUCAACGCUAUCUGACCCGUACCCGGGCCCGUCUACUAAUCAGUGCUACCUGGCUUAUCGGUGCGGUCAUUGGGUUUCUGCCGGCCUUCGGAUGGCGGGGUGACACCGACCAGGGCCGUACGUGUUGGUUCAUCCGCCUCGCACCACCACCCCUCGUCAUUCUGACCUCGGUGGCCGGCUUCCUACCGAUACUGCUCGUCAUCAUCCUUUACAGCAUCAUCCUGCGUAAAGCGUUGCGACGCGUAAGCCAACUGAAGAAAGCCUCCCGGGAACUGCGCGGUGUCCAGACCGGCAAUCUGAGGCUAUUCCGUGGUGGUGCUGCUGCCACUGCUGCUGCAAGUGGUGCAUCCACCGGCAGCUUGAGUGUCAUCCCAACGACUGCGACGACGACGACGACGCCACGUCCCACCGCGAGCCACUCCGAUACCGAGCAGCAGGUCGGGAACGAAGAUGAACGGUUACGUCCGACGGAACGUGCCGGUGGUUGCCUGUGCUUCCGCUGGCCACGCUGCGGUUGUUCCUGUGGUCCACGCCGUGGCGCCAAACGAUCCAAAUCCACCUUCGAGGAGGGUGGCAACGAACCAGUGGCCACCCCCACGACAACAACAACGACGACGACGACCAGCAGAAGCGGUAGUAGCAUCCGAGGUCCCACGAAGUGGAAAGCGGUAAAGGUGGUGAUGUUUACGACGGGCAGCUUCGUCGUGACCUGGGUACCGUACUUCAUCGCGAGCAUCAUGUUCGUAGCGUGCAAUCCGGUCACACAAGAGGAACUGUGCCGGGGGCUCCAGUUCGCCAUCGCAAGCCCCCUCGCCAUCCUUGGCUUCGCCAACAGUCUCCUCAACCCGAUCGUGUACGCCUGGUGGCACAAUGGGUUCCGUGAGUCGAUGAAAAAGCUGGGUGCGCGGUUAAGCGAACGGUUAUGCUGUGGCUGCCGACGUGCGACGACGACGGAGGAGGAGAAGGACGAUCCCGGUUGCUGCGGUAGACGCUGUUGUCGUAAAUCAUCGCGUAACGCCACGAUUGCUGCAGCCUCCGUCUCCAUGGCUACCACGGAUACAUCGGUGAACCGGAUCAGUACCAGCGAUGCUGCAGUUACUGUAGCUGGUAUCCAGCGGCAACCGUCGUCGUCGUUGUCGUCGCCGCCGACUCAGCUUUCAGCGGCAACCAAUGUGGCGAACGGACGUACGAUGCAGAACGGACGGCGACCGACGGUACCGAGCAGUAGCAGCGACGACCAAGAGUUUUCCGUCACUGACGAUACGGACUUGGAGCUACCGGUCCGGAAGGUGACGAGGCUUUAACCCGCUGGUGGCCCUCGUCAUCGUCGUCGUCGUCGUCGUCGUGACGCAAAGAGUUACUCGUGUGCCGUGCCCCGUGCUCGUGACGAGAGGACUUUUAAUCAAGCACAAACCAACCUCUAGACCAAACCUCGAACCCCUCGAUCUCGGUUCGAUCGAUUAACGAACGAAAUGUAGCGGAUCAACCGACGCACCCACGGAUUGGGUGUGCCAAAUGGAGCGAUGUGCUUUUCAUCGAAUUACAUUACUCGUAGAAGCCAUUUUGCAGGCCGCUGGUUCUCCAGUUCGUCAGUGGCGAUGGUAAAGAGA